CUUUUGGAGGAGUGGGGUGUUUUGUGGGCAGCAACAGCAAGGCCUUUUGAAUAGCCGGAGAUCCUCUUGGUGGGGUGACUGAGAUGGACAGAAAGGAAGAGGGAGAGAGAGGCCUCUAAGACCAAGGUAGACGGACACGAGUGCCCAACUGCUGCAUGGAGGUUUUUUUCUCUUCUUUCUCUGCCUGUCAGCUUUCUUGCACCCCUCUCAGAAAAAAAGCUUUUGCUGUGGGUUCUGGCAUCUGAUGCCGCGAUCUCUGGAGUAGAAGGUUGCUGUUGUGGAUUUGGAUUUCUGUGAUGCGUAAAGGAGUUCUCAGCGAUGGAGGAUAACGUUCUUCCGACGGCUAGCUCACCGGGUGUCGCCGUGGAGAUGGAUCUCAUGGAUGAGUUUUUAUCCGUGGCGGGCCUCGAUUGCUCGGAUCUCUUGCAACCGGGUACCUCUACUUCUACAAGCCCCUUCAACUCUUCAGGGUUUUCUCCUCUUUUCGAGGUCGGCAAUGGCGGCGGUUCCAAUCCGGUCCUGCCAGAAAAUGACAACCAAGAUGAUGCAGAAUGGUCGGUUUUCUCCGUGGAUCUGCCUUCAGACGAAAUUCCAAUAGAACUGGUUGAUGGAAUGCAAUCUCAAGAUCCAAACGCUGGGGACGAACCCAAUUUUUCAGCUCAGCUGAAUGAACUGCGCGCCAAGAAUCCCAGCUCCGAGCUAGGCUCGAGCUGGUGGAUUCGGCCGAGCACUCGCAUGGGUACCAUGGAGGAGAGAUUAAUUCGUGCUAUAAAUUAUGUUAAGGAUUCACGGAGAGAUGGGGAUGUCCUUGUUCAGAUAUGGGUGCCUACGAGGAUGGGAGAACGGCAUGUUCUUACGACAUGCGGCCAACCUUUCACCCUUGAUUCAAGUUGUCAGAGGCUUGUGAAUUAUAGGACAGUCUCGACGCGGUAUCAGUUCUCAGCUGAGGAGAACUCAAAUGUGGCACAGGGCUUGCCUGGCCGGGUUUUUUUGGGGAGGGUUCCUGAGUGGACGCCGGAUGUGCGCUACUUCAGCAGCUACGAAUAUCCUCGAGUUAAUGAUGCUCAACGGUACGAUGUUCGUGGGAGUCUUGCGCUGCCGGUAUUUGAAAGGAAUAGCAGGUCAUGCGUAGGAGUUCUGGAGGUGGUGAUGACGACUCAGAAAAUCAAUUACAGUUCUGAUCUCGAAGGAGUUUGCAAUGCUCUUCAGGCAGUUGAUCUUAGGAGUUCUGAAGUUUCAGGGGUUCCCCGUGUAAUGGUGUUCAACGAAUCUUACCGAGUUGUUUUACCUGAGAUCCAAAGGGUCCUAAGAGCUGUUUGCGAGACCCACAGUUUGCCACUGGCUCAAACUUGGAUUUCAUGCAUCCAACAAGGUAAAAGUGGCAGUCGCCAUUCCGAUGAAAAUUAUAAGGAUUGUGUCUCCACUGUCGAUGUUGCUUGCUAUGUCCAAGAUCCUACCAUGUUGGGUUUUCACCAGGCAUGCUCUGAGCACCACUUACUUAAAGGUCAAGGUGUUGCCGGUAAAGCCUUCACAACAAAUCAACCAUGUUUCUCAUCAGAUAUAACUUCCUUCAGCAAGACAGAAUAUCCUCUGUCACACCAUGCCAAAUUGUUCCAUCUAAGGGCUGCAGUGGCUAUUCGACUGCGAAGUAAUCAUACAGGAACUGCAGACUUUGUAUUGGAGUUCUUCCUACCUUUUAAAUGUAUAGAAAGUGAGGAACAGAAGCUGAUGCUUAAUUCUUUGUCCAUCACUAUCCAACAAGUAUGCCAGAGCUUGAGGGUAGUCACAUCCAAGGAGCUGGAGCAUGAAGCUGUGUUACCAGUUUCUGAACUCAACUCUUCAAAUGCUUUGCUUGACAAAUUUGUUUCGGAGACAAGUCAAAGAUUGGAUGAUGAUGAUGAUAAUCUUUUAACAGAAUCUCCUACGAUAGGAAUUUCGGGGGAGGUAUCAUCAUGGAUCGCAAGUAUCAGAGAGACCCAAGAAAAGAGAGGAAAAAGUGUUCUUCCUGCCUCUUUGCCGCUGGACUUUUAUAAGCAGGAGAUUGAAGGAUUAAGUAUCUGGGAUCGCUCAGAAGUAGUAUUACCUGCUGGAAAGAUAUUCUCUGAGUUCAAGCCGCAUGAGGAAGAGUUCCUUAGAGAUAGUUUUGAUCCCAAAAAUUCUUUUGCUGGUGAACCCGGCUUUUCAAAUACUGGGAAAGCAAUGGAAAAGAGGCGCACAAAAACAGAAAAAACUAUCAGUCUGCAAGAGCUUCGGAAAUACUUCGCUGGUAGCCUAAAAGAUGCUGCGAAGAGCCUUGGGGUGUGCCCUACUACUCUGAAAAGGAUAUGCAGGCAUCAUGGAAUUAGUCGUUGGCCUUCACGAAAAAUCAAGAAAGUUGGCCACUCUUUAAGAAAACUGCAAGUGGUUAUUGACUCAGUCCAUGGCCCUGAUGGAGCCUUUCAGUUCAGUUCUCUCUAUGAGAAUUUUACAAAAGCCACAUGGUCAAAUGAAAGUUUACUAGGAAGUACCACAUUUUCCACAUUGAAGCAAAAGGACAAUCCAGAAUCCUCAAAUACAAAUCAACAGCAAGAGGCUAAAUUGAGCUCUCACACUUCUGGAUCAAAUUCUCCUUCAUCUUCCUCCUCCAGUCACAGCUCUGGUUCAAGUCUCGGCUGUUCCAGUGGGACUAAACAGUGCAGCAAUGCUCAACUUGCUAUCCAACAAGAAAUUUCAGUAGAGGAGAACCAGAGCGGCAUGCUUAAUAAAAUUCAGAUCCCUAUAGAAUUACAGCUCUCAACUGAAGAUGCACCGAUAUCUCUUGGUAGAUCCCAAAAUCACAAGCUCCUUAGUGAGCAUCCUUUUUCAGGAACUCACGCUGCUUUGCAUAAGAGUAGACAUGAUUCUCUUAAAGUAAAAGCCAUAUAUGGGGAAGACAAAGUUAUACUCGGAUUGCAGCCUACAUGGGGCUUCCAAGAUCUGAAGCAAGAGAUUGGGAAGCGGUUUAAUAUAGGCAAUAUAAAUUUGGUGGCUCUUAAGUAUUUGGAUGAUGAUUCUGAGUGGGUCCUAUUAACAUGUGAUGCAGACCUGCAGGAGUGUAUUGAUGUAUAUAAGUCAUCUAGUGCUCGUACGAUUAAAAUUUCUGUUCACCAUGUCCCUCAAAAGAUCACCAGGUCUUCUUUGGGCCAUACAGGGUUGCCCUGACAACUAAAAGAAGGCUAUCUUCAUUUCAUGGAUGUCCAUGUUGCAGAAACGAAGCCACAGACUAGUAUUGCAUCCAAAUGUUUUUAACACAAAUCUGCCAGAAAGCACAUCUAAAAGGAUUAUAUAGGUCUUUAUCAUCGGAAAUUGGGAAGUCUGUCGCUUGAACAUGAUUCAUCUGCAGCUAAGGGAAUGAUGAUCCAGAUAGUCCAUUUAGGGAAAUCAAUAGCUUUCUAGCUGCAUUGUACUUAAUAUAUGGUGUAAAUUCCCUCAAUCUGUCUGGAAAUGAUUGUUUCCUACAGCACGAGUAUCUAUUGUAUUUAUAUCAGGAAGAUGGGUGUUUAAGCUCUUCAGGCAUUGCAUGAUUGUAACUAUUAGGAGUAUAUACUACCACUUGGUGCAAGAAUAUGAUCAUCUUAACUAGUUAGACCUAUAGAGCUCCCUGUAAAUUAGUACUUAAUUUAACAUUUGCUGAAACUUUCUGGUGAUUAUGAACUGAUGACUACUCUGACAGAGGUGUUUCUGGACAAUAGAUUAUGCUAUCGCAGUA